GUCGAAGAAUCUAUGGUGAGACGGAGAGAAGGCAAGGGAAAACUCCGCGGCUUCGAAAGCUUUUUCGGCCCUCUUGUGCCUCUCUCUCUCUCUCUCUCUACUCAGAACACAUUUUUUCCCUCUCCUCCGCUUCGUACUGUUUUGUAAAAUUAUACGGAAGCCACCAAAAUGGAACCAUUCUUCCCCUUUUAAUCUCAGUUCCUCACUCUCUCUAGAUCUCCAUAAAUCUUUCUCUUUUAAUUCUUAAUUAAUUUCUCUUGGGUCCAACCAUCUUAACCUGCAAUGGCCGAUGGGUCCGAAGAGGCCAACGAUAUCGAGAAGCUCUACGAGUACGGCGAACGACUGAACGAGGCCAAGGAUAAGUCCCAGAAUGUAAAGGAUUAUGAAGGCAUAGUCAGAGCGGCCAAGGGCAGCAUUAAGGCGAAGCAGUUAGCAGCACAGCUUAUUCCCAGAUUCUUCAAGUUCUUCCCAAGUCUAUCCAGUCAAGCUGUUGAAGCCCAUUUCGAUUUGUGUGAGGAGGAGGAGCUUGGUAUUCGAGUACAAGCAAUUCGUGGUCUCCCUCUUUUUUGCAAGGAUACACCAGAAUAUGUUUCUAAGAUUGUGGACAUUCUUGGCCAACUUCUUACUGCUGAGGAAAAUGUGGAGCGUGAUGCAGUACAGAAAGCCCUUCUAUCAUUGUUAAGGCAGGAUGUAAAAGCUUCUUUGUCAGCCUUGUUUAAACAUAUUGAGAGCACUGAUGAACCAAGUGCGGAUGAAAGUAUUCGCGAGAAGGUUCUGAACUUUAUCAGGGAUAAGGUGUUCCCUAUCAAAGCUGAGCUCUUGAAGCCUCAGGACCAGAUGGAAAGACAUAUAACUGAUUUGGUAAAAAAGAGUUUGCAAGAUGUAACGGGGGCAGAAUUUAAAAUGUUCAUGGACUUCUUGAAGAGUUUGAGUCUAUUUGGAGACAAUUCUCUUCCUGAGCAUGUGCAAGAACUAAUUGAAAUUAUUGAGGGGCAGGCUGAUUUAGAUGCGCAAUUCAAUGCAAACUUGGAGGUGGGGAGGGUGAAGGUUUCAGAUGUUGAUCACAUUGAUAGAUUGAUUUCAUGUCUAUACAUGGCUCUUCCAUUUUUUAUGAGGGGUGCAUCGAACAGCAAGUUCCUUAACUAUUUGAACAAGCAUAUUAUACCCGUUUUUGACAAGCUUCCUGAAGAACGGAAACUGGACUUACUCAAGAACCUUGCAGAAAGCUCACCUUAUACAACACCACAUGAUUCACGUCAGCUUCUUCCAUCUAUUGUUCAGCUUCUUAAGAAAUACAUGCCUAUAAGAAAGGCUGGAGAAGAAAUGAAUUUUACUUACGUGGAGUGUUUGUUGUACACCUUUCACCAUUUGGCUUCAAAGACUCCUAAUACAACAAAUAGUUUGUGUGGUUAUAAGAUAGUGACUGGUCAACCAUCAGACAGACUUGGAGAAGACUUUUCUGAGAGUUAUAAAGAUUUCACUGAGAGAUUGAGUAAUGUAGAGGAUCUAGCCAGGGCCACCAUGAAGAAACUAACCCAGGGAAUGGCAGAGCACAACAAGGCAAUGGCAGCUGCUAAAACCGAUGAAGCAAAAGCUAGCAUUAAAGUAAAAAAACAGAAUACUACAACAGGAUUGCGAACCUGCAAUAAUAUUCUCGCAAUGACCCAGCCAUUGCAUUCAAAAUCACCUUCAUUUAUUGGUGAUAAGAAAAUCAAUCUCUCAUGGAAAGAAGUGGCAAAACCUUCAACACCAUCAACGACUGCUCCAGUGGGGGGUAAGCGAACUGCUACAGAUACUAAUGGUUCAGGUGCUCCAAUAAAAAAAGGACGGGGUGUGGGUGGUGUGCAGAACCAACUUGUUAACAGGGCUUUGGAAGGUUUAUCUCGUGGGGGCAGAAGUGGUGGAAGAGGUAGGGGUUGGGGUGGACGUGGCCGAGGAAGGGGCUAUCGCUAAAAGUUUGGUUUGCUUGGUUCAAGGUGAUAGCCAUAAAGAGAUGUUCAUCGAGUGUACCAUUGUCUAUUCCCUUGGUAUUCAGCUUCUCAUGAAUUCUGAUCCCUAGGGAAGGACGCUAACUAAGGUUUUCUGAGGAUUGUCUAACCGAGAGAAUCGGAAGGGAUUGGGCUUGGCAUUCUCAGUCCUGCUGGCUGCGACCUGUAGAAGGAUAGAAUUUUAGUUUUUUAGUCUUUUAACCCUGUUUUAGACUAAUUGUUCUCUAACUCACUGUUCUAGUGCAUGCAAAAUCUUACCUGACUAGAUGAGAACACCUUUCUUCUAUUCUACCAAUUGAAAUGCAAGGCUUUGAAAUUUUCUCAAUUGAAA